AUGAGCUUCGGGCCUGAUGACUCUGGGAUACUCGAAUAUAAGACCGAAGAGGAGGCUCAAGAAUAUAUCGAUGGCUUAGGUCCCAAGUAUGAAUAUGGUUGCCAUCGUGAGGGAAACGCGACUCAAUGCCACUCUUUGGCUCGUUGGUACGCUAGUUUCAAACAUGAUUUUGUCAAAGCCGAGGAUGUGUAUCGCCAAAACUGUUUUCAUCGUCGAUAUGCUGAAAGCUGUAGCCACUACGCUUUCUACAAGCUCUUUGGCGCCGCCGCCAUCAAGCGCGACCCCCUUCAGGCCUUUGAAGCCCUCAAAUUUGGCUGUCAUGUCUGUGAAAACCCCAGAUGCUGCCAGAGUGCCGGUGAGUUGCUGCUAGAAGGCGCCAUCAGCAUGAAACAGGCCACUAACGAGAGUGCAAUGGAUUACUUCACUCGAGCGUGCAAUUUAAAUUUGCCAACGGGUUGUUUCUACCUUGGUGGACUCUAUCACCACCGCGCAGAGGCAGAGCGAGCAGCGGAGGUGGAACGAACAGGUGUGGCGCAGCGGCGGACGCUGUCAGAACUUGAGACAAAGCUUCGUCAAUCAGCUGCGGCAGCAUGGGCGCGCGCUUGUGAAUUAAAUGGUCAUGAGCUGGCCUGCCGCAAUGCAUCUCGGGCCUAUCGUCUUGGUGAUGGAGUAGAACGUGAUGAAUCCAAGGCUGCAGCUUUUGAGGCCCGUAUUAGAUCUUGA